AUGGCUGGGAAUCAAAGCCCAGCUACUCGUCUUCCCAAGAUGAAAGAGCACGCUCUCAUCGGCGAUGCUGCGAAGAUUCCCGUCAUCAAUUCAACUCCCAUUAUCUCAAUGAGCCCGAUUAUUCUACCUGCACCAGACCGUAUCAUCGAUAUACACAUCAAGGUUUCUGCGCCUACAACGGGAGUAAAUUUACCAAUCAUUCUCCUUUCUCAUGGUCAAGGUCAUUCGAAUUAUCUGUCCUCGCUCGACGGAUACGGUCCCAUCGCCAAUUUCUGGGCAUCCCAUGGCUUCAUCGUGAUUCAGCCUACUCAUCUCAGCUCCAAGUCUCUAAGUCUUAGUGACGAUGUAGUCCAUGGAGAUGGUCCGAUGUUCUGGCGCUCUCGUGCUCAGGAUAUGAAGCAUAUCCUUGACCAUCUCGACGAAAUCGAGACCGCUUUCCCCCAGAUUCAAGGACGCCUGAGACCGCAGCCGCGUCGCUAUUGCUGCCUGCUGAUGGGCGCUCGUUCCCGUGAUUCCACCGAAGAUCCUCUCGUCGAUUUCUUUGAGCCGCGCAUCAAGGCGGGUGUCUUGCUGGCUGCCCCGGGUGAUGGAGGCGACGGCGUUAGCCAACGCGUUAAAGACAACUGGACAUUUCUCGCGGAGCAUACCCACGCGGAGAUGAAAACGCCUGCCCUCAUUGUCAUUGGAGAAAAUGACGGUUCGCCCUUUCUGACCACGCGGGGUGCAGCAUACCAUGCAGAUGCGUACCAUAGAAGCAAGGGCCCAAAGUCUCUGCUUACAAUUGCCGGGGAUAUCACGGUGUAG